CUCGGCCAAAUGAGGUGUAUAAGGUGUCCUUGGAUAGCUUUUGAAGUCUAUUUUUAUAAUUGAGUGGUCUCAGUUCGAGAGGAGAGAGUAAUCAUCCAAAAAUCGAUCUGGAACGAGCAGUGGUCUGUGAACUCGAGCUGUGAGAGUGCUGAGACUGUUUGGUUGAUAUCUCGAGUUUUACCAAUCCAAUUAAGGCGUGUGAGAUACCAAAAGAAAGCUCUCAAGACGAGGAGUCCUUGAAGGUCUGGUUUGCAUCAAUCGGAGUAGAGUAAGGCUUCCAAAUCGUCCGAUCAGAACGCGACCUCGCAGGGACGGAUUUACUCUUCUAAGAAUCGAGUUAGCCGGAAAACACCCGUUCUAGGGGCUGUUUUCGUAUCAACGAUUAGGGGUUGAAAUAGCAACUUGAGGAGGCUGUUUAGCACCCAUUUCUAAGCAAGGAAUCAGUUCUCAAGCUUCCUUGGCCGAGGCUUUAGCCAUUGGAUCGAGAAGGAAGGUUUUAAAGCUCAUUUGAGGUUGAGGCUAGAGCUUGCUUCCUGUGCUCGUUGCUCGAGGGAUCAUCUAGGAGGGAAGACUUGGUUCGUGCUUCCUCCAUUCAGUUUUAAACAUUAAUAAACAUGCUCAUGGAUAUUUUACUAUGGAGCCUGCGUGCUCAUGAAUAGCCCGGUGUGGUCUUUUUGUUUUAAACAAUGUUUUCCGCUGCAUUAUGAAUUACUUACUAUGUUUGUUUAUGGAUGGCUUACGUGUGAAUGAUAUUCGAGACGCCUCGUAUAAUAUGAAUGUGUUGGACUGCGGUUGACUAUUCGUAUUGUACGGCGGGUUGUUGACGUGUCCGGGGAGGUCCGGGGCGUGACAAUUAAGUUGGUAUCAGAGCCUUAGUCCAUAAACUUCAUAAUGAAGUCUCAAAAUUCUCUUUUUGAAAAUAUUUUGAAAACCAUGAGCAUAGAAGUUUUGUACUUGGAGAGCUUUUGGUACUUGGGUUGCAAGGUCUCUAAUUGUUAAGAUGGUACCCUUAGCAAUUGGUAUGGCGGUGACUCGAGCCAAAAUGUGUCUUAAGUACCUAUCCGUCAAUUGACAUUUGAUACGAGUCUAACGACUCCUUCCAAAUUUCUUUCAGAAAUGGACCGUGGUGGCAGGAUUACUAGGAGAAACCCGACGGGCCGUGUACCAGUGGAGACUGGACAGGGCAGUCGAAGGACCUCUAGGGCAUCUAGAGGAGCUGGCCGUGGAGGCCGAUCACAGACCGUGAGUGACGGUCAUGUUGACACAGAAAGUGAAACCUACUGGUCCUAUGAGGACUCGACUUACCAACCGGAGACCGAGCCGGUUGAGACCCCUUACGAAGGGGAUGACGAUGAUAUAAGUGAUGAAGAAGGGGAGAAUGACUCCCUAGCCAGAAUUGAGGCGCUGCUCCAGCAAUACCAGCGGGAGCGCGAGGGAAGGAGGGAACGCCGAAGGCGCCGAGGAGGGAGAACUUCGGGUGGGGCUUCAAGAGGAAGAAGCCAUGGCGACUCUAGGGCCCACAUUGAACCACAUGGGGGCCGGGGUGAUGGAGGUCCGAUCAUAAGGAUCUCCAAAUACCUCAAGGAGGCACGAGACUUGGGGUGCAAACCCUUCAACGGAGCGGGUGACAUCUCGGUCGCCGCGGAAUGGAUCAAGAGGCUGAACGAAGCAGCCCUUGAUAUGCAACUCACCCCCGAGUUUAAGCUAAGGGUGGCGGUGAGGUUGCUCGAAGGGAUGGCAUCCACAUGGUGGGACGGAGCCAAGGGAAAGUAUGGCAACACGGUGACUUGGGAGAAUUUCCGACAGGAGUUCUUUGCCCAAUAUUAUUCUGAUUUUGAGGUGAACGCCAAGAGGAGAGAGUAUACCCUCCUGACCCAAGGGGGCAAAAUGACGGUGAGGCAACUUGAACACAAAUUCAGGGAGCUCGCGGAGUUCAUACCGGAGUAUGUGUGUGACGAGAACUGGAUGGUAAAUCACUUCUGGGAUGCCUUAGACCUGGAGGUGCGUGAGAGGGCAACACAGUUGCCUAACAUGACUUUUAGCCAAGUGGUCGAGCAAGGGUUAAAAGGAGAGAAAGAAUGGGAGGAAAGAAAGUUGAAGAACGCCGAAGAGGCAAAGAAGAGGAAGUGGGAGAACCAUGGACAUCAAGGUCUUAGCAAAAAGGGGAACCAUGGGGGAGGGGGAUCUUUUCGGACACCCCCACUGCCACCUAGGGGAAGUCAUGGCCCGGGCGGGCAAUCACAAGCCUCGGGGGUGACUCGUUGCAAGAAUUGCAAGAGGAACCACCCGGGGAAAUGUCGUGACCCUCCUAGAUGCUACCAAUGCGGGAGCACGGGUCACAUGAAGAUGAGCUGCCCACAACUGGGCGGGACGAGGGCAUCAGGGCCAAGUAGUGGUAAUACCGGGACACGGAAUCAAGCCGGGACUUCACAAGCGUCCAGGGGGCAAGGGGGAGCAAGCGCAAGCAACGCGCCGUCCGUGAAUCAAUGAAGGACUCAAGCUAGGGUCUACGCGAUGACGGAGGCGGAUGCUCAAGCUAACCCGGAUUCCGUUGCAGGUAUUGCCUCUCGUACACUAGUGUUUUAUCCUUAAUUAGUCCAUAAAUUGAAGUUAUAAAUCCUAGAAUUCAGGUGGGAGCAGACGUAAGAUUGAAAUGGGAAAGGAGAGCAAAACCAUGCUACUACCCGACCGAGUAGGGCAAUAAACCCUACCGGGUGGGACGAGUUUUUGCCCUCGUAAACCUUCUGGAUCGCAUACCCGAUCGGGUUUGGUAAUGAACCCGACCGGGUAGGCCAAGUUUUUUCACUCAUAAGUCCACUGGAACACAUACCCGACCGGGUAUGGUGGUAUACCCGACCGGGUUUGUCAAAAAUUUCUGCCCGACACCUUCUGGAACACAUACCCGACCGGGUAUGGUGGUAUACCCGACCGGGUUUGUCAAAAAUUUCUUCCCGACACUUUCUGGAACACAUACCCGACCGGGUAUGGUGGUAAACCCGACCGGGUUUGUCAAAAAAAAAAUUCUGCCCGAACCCACUGGAACUUAUACCCGAUCGGGUAUAGUAUGUUACCCGACCGGGUACACCUCGAAGUGUUCGUCAAAUGAAAAAGUUGUCUUCAUGAAAGUUGUAGAUAUUUUCAUUGUCUAAAUGAUGGAAUUUGAAUCGAACGAUUUGGUUAAGUAUGUGAAGAGAUAUGAUCAAAACGGUGAGACAGUGUCAAUUUAUAUCUCAACUGCGAACGUCAACCAUAAUUGGGGGAUUUUGCCCACUUUAAGGACAUGAUUUCGCAUUAUGUUCUUCGUAGGAUUGGUCGGUAUGUUAGAGAGGUAUCUUACAUGGCUUAUAAAUGUAGGAACACUAAAGAUUAAUGGGAGAUGUGCGAGAAUCCUCAUCGAUACCGGGGCGCAACGAUCAUUUGUGAGUGAGGCAUUCGCCGGGGGAUUCAACGCACCCCUAGUACCGAUGGCUCAAGCCCUAUUGGUAUCCACACCCCUAGGGGAAGACAUCGAGAGAGAUAGCCACUAUCCAUCGUGUGAGGUGGAAGUGGAGGGCCAAAACUUGUCGUGUGAUUUCGUGCCGCUGAGUAUGAUUGAGUUCGAUGCAAUCCUGGGGAUGGAUUGGCUUGAGAAGCAUCAUGCUAGGGUCGAUUGUUACACGAAAGUACUUGAACUCGAAGGCAAUGAAGGGGUAACCUUACGCUUCGAGGGGGAUAGGGCAAAAUCCAAUAGUUGUAUCAUAUCCGCUGUGAGGGCUAAGAAUAUGAUGAGGAAGGGAUGUCACGCAUAUCUAGCGUAUGUGGUGGACAAAACCAAAGAAGAGACGAGCAUUGAUGAUGUUAGGGUAGUAUGCAAGUAUCGGGACGUCUUUCCUAAAGACUUACCGGGACUUCCACCCGAUAGGGAGAUUGAGUUCGUGAUCGAGGUCGAGCCCGGCACCAAACCAAUCUCCAUACCGCCAUACCGUAUGGCACCCGCUGAACUUAACGAGUUGAAAACCCAAUUGCAAGAGCUUUUGGAUAAUGGUUUCAUUAGGCCAAGCCACUCCCCGUGGGGAGCACCAGUUCUUUUUGUGAAAAAGAAAGAUGGGACACUUCGAAUGUGUAUUGACUAUCGUCAACUGAACAAGGUCACAAUCAAGAAUAGGUAUCCUUUGCCUAGAAUUGAUGACUUGUUUGAUCAACUACGAGGGGAAACCGUGUUUUCAAAGAUUGAUUUGAGGUCGGGUUACCAUCAAUUGAAGAUUAAGGAAGACGACAUACCAAAAAGUGCUUUCCGCACAAGGUAUGGGCAUUUUGAGUUCCUUGUUAUGUCGUUUGGGUUAACAAACGCCCCGGCGGCAUUCAUGGACUUGAUGAACCGAGUAUUCCAUAAAUACUUGGAUCGAUUCGUGAUUGUGUUCAUAGAUGACAUUUUGAUUUACUCAAAGAGUGAGGAAGAGCAUGAAGAACACUUGAUACUCGUUCUUGAGACACUACGGGAGAAGCAACUUUAUGCCAAAUUCUCUAAAUGUGAAUUUUGGCUAAAGGAAAUUGGCUUCCUCGGGCACGUGGUUUCAGGAUCGGGAAUUGCUGUUGAUAAUAAGAAGAUAGAAGCCAUUACCGAAUGGGAGAGACCAAAGAACGUCAAGGAAAUUCGUAGUUUCCUUGGACUGGCAGGCUACUAUAGAAAGUUCGUGGAGAAGUUCUCUGUUUUGGCAUCACCAUUGACGAAGCUCACUCGUAAAGGAGCUAAGUUUGUAUGGGAUGACAAAUGUGAGGAGGGGUUCAUGGAACUAAAGAAGCGAUUGACCGAGGCACCGGUACUUGCAUUACCCAAACAGGGUGUGGGGUACGAUGUCUAUAGCGAUGCGAGCAUCCAAGGGCUUGGAUGCGUGCUGAUGCAGAAUGGGAGGGUAAUCGCCUAUGCUUCACGACAGUUGAAGAAGCAUGAGGUGAAUUAUCCUACUCACGACUUGGAGCUGGGGGCUGUGGUGUUUGCACUGAAGAUAUGGAGACAUUAUCUCUACGGGGAGACAUGUCACAUAUACACUGAUCACAAGAGCUUGAAAUACGUGUUUACUCAAAAAGAGCUAAACAUGAGACAGAGACGGUGGAUGGAGUUGAUAAAAGACUACCAUCUAGUGAUAGAGUAUCACCCAGGCAAGGCAAACGUGGUGGCAGAUGCUUUGAGCCGGAAGAGCUCGUCUGGGGCAUUGCUAGCUAAUUUGAGGGCAUUAAGAGCCCAACUGGAGGUAUCCAGCGAUGGUGCCUUAUUGGCACGAUUUGAGGUGAGACCUACUUUACUUGAUGAGAUCAAGAAGGGUCAAGAGGCUGACGCAGAACUUAUGAAGGUCCGGGAACGCAUGCAAGCGGGACCGGUGGAGGAUUUCAGGGCAAGUGAUGAUGGUCUCUUGUUAUUUCGUGAUCGAGUGUGUGUGCCGUCAGAUGAUGAGCUCCGAAAGUCCAUCUUAGAGGAGGCUCAUUCAUCGGCUUAUGCCAUGCACCCGGGGGGCACGAAAAUGUACCGUGAUUUGAAAGAAAGUUACUGGUGGUCUGGAAUGAAGAGGGAAAUAGCCGAGUACAUCAGUCGAUGCCUUACUUGUCAACAAGUUAAGGCAGAACAUCAGCAUCCAGCAGGCUUGCUACAACCACUUUCCAUUCCUGAGUGGAAGUGGGAACAUGUGACUAUGGAUUUCGUGGUAGGUUUACCACGGACAAUUCGGAACUACGAUGCGGUUUGGGUUGUUGUGGAUAGGCUCACAAAGAGUGCACACUUCUUGCCUAUCAACACUACCUACCCACUUGAGAGGUUAGCCAAAUUGUAUACGGAUGAGAUCGUGAGGCUGCAUGGGGUCCCAGUGACCAUUGUAUCCGAUAGAGACCCACGAUUCACAUCACGUUUUUGGCCGAAAUUUCAGGAGUCUAUGGGAACGAGGUUGAAGUUCAGUACUGCUUUCCACCCACAGACGGAUGGGCAGUCUGAAAGAGUCAUACAGAUCUUAGAAGACAUGCUGAGGGCUUGUGCGUUGGAGUUCCAAGGAAGUUGGGACAACCACUUAGCACUUGUGGAAUUUGCCUAUAACAACAGUUAUCAGGCAAGCAUCGGUAUGCCUCCAUACGAGGCAUUGUAUGGGAGGAGGUGCCGUACACCGUUAUGCUGGGAUGAGGUUGGCAUGGCCAAACUCGAGGGUACUGAGUUGGUUGAGGUCACCAAAUCAAAGGUGAAAUUGAUUCGAGAGAGACUCAAAGCGGCCCAGGAUAGGCAAAAGAGUUAUGCAGAUAAACGUCGAAGAACCUUAGAGUUUAAGGUUGAUGACGAGGUAUUCUUGAAAGUUUCUCCUUGGAAAGGAAUCAUUCGAUUUCAAACCCGAGGGAAGCUUAACCCACGGUACAUAGGUCCAUUCAGAAUUAUAGAGAGGAUUGGGGCCGUUGCAUAUCGUCUACAGUUGACUCCUGAGUUAGAGAAGAUACAUAAUGUGUUUCAUGUAUCCAUGCUUAAGAAGUAUGUGCAUGAUCCCUCACACGUAUUGGAGAAGCCACCUGUAGAGGUACGUGAGGAUUUGAACUACGCUGUUCAACCAAUCAAGGUCACCGACAGGAAGGUGAAGAAAUUGAGAAGCAAGGAAGUCCCAAUGGUUAAAGUACUUUGGAAAAGCGAUCGGGUCGAAGAAGAGACAUGGGAAACAGAGGCCUUGAUGAGGAAACAGUAUGCCUUCCUAUUCGAGUAGAGCUGUGAAUUUCGGGGACGAAAUUCCUGUUAAGGGGGGGUGAACUUGUGACACCGCACCCGAACGUCCUUGAGAAUUUGAUUUUAGAAUUCAAAGUUUAUGUAUUGGAUUUCUGAUUCCCAAACAAUUGUAAAACGAUUGUUGUUUUACGUAAUUCAUGAUCGAUUAUGAUACCGCUCGAACUCGUAAUAAAAGAUCCAAACAUUAUCUAAAUAGUUAUACAUAACGUUUCAAGACAAGUUGAGGAAGGGCGGGCAGUCCAUACAUUAUUUUGAGCUCAACCCGCUAAAAUAGCAAACAGUUGAGGACGGCGUCGUAGGCCCACUCGGGGGCGACCCACACGGCUUGUAGCCCAAUAAUAUGAAUGACAAAUGUCAAAAUAAGCGAUAGGAUGAUUAAAGAAGAGUACAAAUGCCUAUAACCCCAUCUUUGGCAUUAUUGAGCCAAAUAAUGGGAGUAGGAUUUUCCUUCUAUAUUAUCCAUCAAGUAAGUUAUUGAGAUGAGCCUACACAUAUUGGAGAUCAAUAAUGUUAUGUAGGAAGUUGACUUGUUCUAAAUAAAUUAGGAUGAGUCCAAAAAGACAUCUUUGACAAAAGAUAAAACAAUAGGACCCAUUCUUCCAUUUUUGGAUGUAUUGAUUAAUGUUUUGCUCCCAAAAAUAAUGGGGGAACACAUGCUGCGCCCCAUCCCUUCUUUUCCACCUGCAAGACAAGAAAAAUAAGGUUAGGAGGCUGCCAUAGUUGACUCUAGGGGCUGGACUUGACAAAGGAAACAAAAGGGAACCCCACCUAGCCUAUUUUUCGCUCAUAAGAGUGGUGCUGGUUGUCUCCCUUCAUGAGUGAUGUUAUACUCGGCCAAAUGAGGUGUAUAAGGUGUCCUUGGAUAGCUUUUGAAGUCUAUUUUUAUAAUUGAGUGGUCUCAGUUCGAGAGGAGAGAGUAAUCAUCCAAAAAUCGAUCUGGAACGAGCAGUGGUCUGUGAACUCGAGCUGUGAGAGUGCUGAGACUGUUUGGUUGAUAUCUCGAGUUUUACCAAUCCAAUUAAGGCGUGUGAGAUACCAAAAGAAAGCUCUCAAGACGAGGAGUCCGUGAAGGUCUGGUUUGCAUCAAUCGGAGUAGAGGACGGCUUCCAAAUCGUCCGAGCAGAACGCGACCUCGCAGGGACGGAUUUACUCUUCUAAGAAUCGAGUUAGCCGGAAAACACCCGUUCUAGGGGCUGUUUUCGUAUCAACGAUUAGGGGUUGAAAUAGCAACUUGAGGAGGCUGUUUAGCACCCAUUUCUAAGCAAGGAAUCAGUUCUCAAGCUUCCUUGGCCGAGGCUUUAGCCAUUGGAUCGAGAAGGAAGGUUUUAAAGCUCAUUUGAGGUGAGGAUCGACAUCUAGUUGCUUACAACUUGUAGGUUGAGCAUGAGAUUACCUAAAUGCCUACGUAAUGUUUUCCAUGGAUUAUGAUGAUAACCUAUUGAUGGAAUAUUGAUCUAUUUUCCAAAGAAUGAAAUGAGAAAUGAUUUGGUAAAGUAUUGAUGAAAAUGGAGUUAAAUGAACUAUUACGUGAAAUAGGCAUUCUACUCAUGUGUGAAUUGUGUAGAUACAUAAAUGAUUAUUUAUGUAUUACAUUGAAUGAUUAAGUUGCUGCUACAUAUCUCUAAAUAUGUAGGGUUUUACAAAUGGAAUAUAUGAUUGAUAAGAAUAAUCUUAAUAGUAUUGAAAUACUAGUUAACGAUUGUUGUAAUUGUUGAAGAAUUGAAUCUAAGGAUUUGAUUGUAAUUGAUGAACUUGAUUGUGAUGCAAGUGACUAAAUUGAUGUAAUGUGAUGCUAAGACCAUGGUUGGGCAGUCCGUAGGGAUGUCCCAAAAUAGAUUGUUGAUAUUACAAUUCUAGGCAUAGCGAGUGCUUAGGAAUUGGGGUCUAUGCCAAUGUAAGGAGAUGUACUUGAGCCCGUGCUCAUAGAAUUGCAUUGGGUAGACAUGAUGAGGUGAUUGUUGUGCAUGGUGAUGUAGUUGAGUUGGACUCAAGAAAUGCACGGUGGAGUAGUUAGCUUAUGCUAAUAAGGGUGCAUGGUGAUGUAGUCGAGUUGGACUCGAGAAUGCAAACAUGUGUGUUAGAGUUGAACCCUAUGUAUUGUUGUGACUAGGGGUCACGGGAUUUUGGGGUAUGUUUGAUAAACAAACCUUGGGCCUACGGGCCGACUACUUGACUUUGUAUAUAAAGUAAGUAUAUUUUUAAAAGGGGUAACUUGGGGUUACGGCCUAGAUUAUACUAUCACCCUAUUUGAGGGUCUUGUGUUUGAAAUACUUGUUGUAUAUCUAUUAGUUGCCAUCCACACCAGCACUUUAUAGCCCUAUAGAGUGCUGACCCCUUCGGGGGCGUCCCAUUACCAUUUUUCAGGUUGAGGCUAGAGCUUGCUUCCUGUGCUCGUUGCUCGAGGGAUCAUCUAGGAGGGAAGACUUGGUUCGUGCUUCCUCCAUUCAGUUUUAAACAUUAAUAAACAUGCUCAUGGAUAUUUUACUAUGGAGCCUGCGUGCUCAUGAAUAGCCCGGUGUGGUCUUUUUGUUUUAAACAAUGUUUUCCGCUGCAUUAUGAAUUACUUACUAUGUUUGUUUAUGGAUGGCUUACGUGUGAAUGAUAUUCGAGACGCCUUGUAUAAUAUGAAUGUGUUGGACUGCGGUUGACUAUUCGUAUUGUACGGCGGGUUGUUGACGUGUCCGGGGAGGUCCGGGGCGUGACAUAUAUCUACCAAAAUUUGUUUUUGUGCAUAUUCAAUUGUAGGCCGUCAUGCCAAGCGUCAUCUCAAGGAGCCUUGAUCACCUCAAUGAGUGAGUUGAAGAUUCUUAUAUGUGAUUAAGAGAGACGUGAUAUUAACACCAUUGAUAAUAUAGUCUAUAAAGAACUUUUCAGAAAGCUAUGAUCCUUUUUGUAUAGUACGUGUUGGGUGUGUUUCGAAAAACAAAGAAAAUUAAUUAAAAUAAAUUAAUUAAUAAAAUGAC